UAAAGAAGUAUUAGCAUUCAAACGAUGCGGGUCGCUUGAUAUAAAUGUGGUAACACCAUCAGUUGAUUAUUAUAGAUAUAUCGGCUGUGAAACGAGUAACAUACGAUAUGUUGAAAUACUUAAUAUGUGUGGUGUUGAGUUCUUUGAUAUUGGAUGUCGUUGUGUCAUAUGAUUCUGAAGGAAUUUCAAACCUCGAGCUACCAUGUCUAACUUUUGGCGGGAUAUGUGUGCAUACGGACGAUUGUCCAAAAGAUAAACAAUCAGAAAUAAAAGGCCUUUGUCCGAUGCAGCAGAAAAGCGGUUUCGAAUGCUGUCAUGCGCUUCCAAAAUCAGAAACGAGGUGCAGCAAACAUGGCGGAGACUGCUCUGCUAAAAAUCAACUAUCCUGUCCAGAAGACCUAACUUAUAGAGAAGCAACCGACUGCACUGACGAUGAAGUAUGCUGCAUUUUAGUUAAUUAAAGACCUUACGUUUCA